AUGCAAAAGGAAACUGAUAAAAUGAAGAGGAAAAAGGACGAGGUCCGCGAUGAGGAGGGAUCUGCGAUCUUUCAAUACGCUGACGGUAGUGUGUAUGAGGGAAAAGUGGGCCGUCGCGAAGCCCCUAUAGAGGUUCCCCAUGGUAUGCCCCCGCUGGUGGCCAGCCCACCACAAAAAGGGCAGCAACAACAGGAACCUUCCAACACAAUUUCAUUUCAGCAGGGAAAGGGUGCGUUUAAGGAUGCGGGUGGCGCAGUCUACAAGGGCAGCUGGUCGGAUGGAGCCAUGAGCGGAGAGGGCAUGCUGCAAUUCCCCAGUGGGGCCAUAUAUAUCGGCGGCUUUCGAUCCAACGAUUUUUAUGGAACGGGAAUGUAUAAGUGGCCUGACGGCUCCUAUUACGAGGGACAAUGGGAGAGUAACAAGAUGCACGGGCUCGGCACCUACGUUGAUGCUCAAGGCAAACGUUGGUUGGGAAAGUUCUUUCGUGGCCAAGGGGUCAACUUACUGGCUGAGGUCAACUUGUGA